GGGCUGGCCCACACACUCACACAGCAGCCGAGCAGGAUGGUGCAUUGACGGACACCGGAGCAUGCAGGCCACCAUGAAUUUCAAUGUGUUCGGUCGCCACGGCAGCCAGGAGAACUGCAACCAGGAGGACAAGAAGAAGAGCUCCCUGUGGUACCGGAGAUCUGUGAAGGGGAGCCGGGACAGGCAGAGGCAGAACACAGCAACUUUACCCCGCUGCAAGCCCAAACAGCCCAGGUCACUGGUGGAUUACUCUGACCCACAAAGAACCACGAUUGUACUUGAAAAACAAGACAAUGAAUCAUAUGGGUUUGAAAUUCAGACAUAUGGACUACCACUAAAGAACAGUACUGGGGUGGAGAUGUGCAUUUUGAUACAUACGGUGCAAGAAGACAGCGUAGCCGAGAGUGCAGGGCUGACUGCAGGAGAUAUUAUCAUAACUGUCAACGGUCUCAGCAUAGAAGGACUGUCGGUUCAGCACAUAACAGAUCUAAUGAGAGAGUCCACGAAUAGUCUCAAAAUUGAAACUGUAAGUGGAAAUGUGGUGAAGCAAGCUGAACUGGAGAAGAAACGAAACCAGCUGAAGCAAUCUCUUCGUGACAAGUUGUUGGAGCUUCAAGCGUUAACUUUACAAGAAAAGCGUCUUGAGAGAGGCAAAUCCUCUGUCCCCAAUCUCCACUCCUCAAUUGAAUCUGAUGUCAAUUCCCCCAUUGGUCGAUGGGGGCGCCGUUUCUCCAGCGACAGCAGCUAUAGAAGCAGCAUGACCGAGGACAGUGACCAGACCAGUGUAUUCGGAGAGACCUACUCACCCCAUCCCCUCAGCGCAGCCAUUACCGAUGACAACUGCUUCUUCUCUAAUAACUUUUCCUCUCAAUCCCAAAGAUUUCCCUCUGCCAGCGCCUUCAGUAGCAGUUCGAGUCUGGCUGGGAGUAGCAGUUCCCUAUCUCCGGCCUGGGAUGAGAUGAAGGUGUCGUCCAUAUUUGGGACUUUGCCGAGAAAAGGCAAAAGAGCCAGUGUCCGCAAACACAUCCUCAAGUUGCUUCCUGGACUUCAGAGUUCUGUAGAGGAAGAGGACACAGGAAUGAACGCUCCGAGAUAGAAACAUAACAAACACUAAGUAGCCUAUAAAUGAAAUGGACUUGAAAUACAUGAACUGAUAAAAUGUGUAAAUGUGAAAGAUCGCAUGCUGUACUGUGGAAAUCAAAUUGUUAGCUAAAGAUGUGCUCAUAAAUACAGUUUUAUACUUUGAAAUAUGUUUAAAGCAGGCUAAGAAAAGUACAUUUUGGGCUUAGGAUAAACCACAUUCAGCUAUAUAUGAGAAUCAUUUUUUUGUAUUCACUAAAAAAAUGAACCCUUUAAAGCUGCCAUCUGUGAUAACAUUAGCCAACCUGCCCCUGUUGUAUUCUCACAUACCACCACUAGAGGCUGUCUAUAUUACUGCUGUCUGAUAGCGUGCUAAGUGAGGGGAAGGGGGAGGGGUAGCAGGUUUCACAUCUGCCAUCUACUGAAAACAAAAAGAAAGUCGCAGAAAGAAACUUGCAGAUGGUAGCUUUAAGCAGUUGUUUUUUUUUACCAUUGGCUGAUGUGAGGAUUAUAUUGGGGGAGUGAGUGAGGCCUAAGUUCUCUAAAAGCAUAGUUUUUCCCUUUUUGUAUAUUUUGUACAUGGAUACACUUUACCUAAACUAUGUAACUAUGUCUGGAGGGGAGGGGACAGCUCUUGCUUGUCUCCAUGGAGAUGUUCCUAAAUGUUCACAAAUAUGGCAUUAACCUUAAAUAUAUUGCAUUCUUACAAUUAUAGGUGUUUUACUGCUCAAAAAUAUCUGGAAAAACAGGGCAUUCUUAUCUCUCCACAGAUCUGACCUGUAUAGAUAGUGGUAUAGAUAGUUUCAUGCAGAGGUGCUCAAACUUUUUUUUUAUCGAGGGCCACAUCUCAAAACAUAUUUGAAGCGGAAGGCCACAGACCGGUGAUCAAGGCAGUGCGGUGCUUUAUACACAUCUUUGACAGAGCUGCUGUAUAAUAAUAAGGCUUGAAACACAUUCAUUUUAUGUCUGUAUCACACUGCAAUGUGAUGUUUGAGGAUAUAGUGGUAGAAAUAGUUUAAUUUGCUGUUAAAAGUACUGCUGAUGAGCAACUGGGCCGGUUCAGCAGGAAGCCUGAGGGCCAAUAAAAACUGGUCUGAGGGCCGUAUUUGGACACCCUGGUUUAAUGCAAUGCUAUAGAUUUUUUUCAAAGCAAAAACAUCUCUGUGAAAGCAAGCAGAUGGCAGACCCUCCUCUGGAAAAGUUACAUAGUAUACCUUUAAAAACCUGUCUAACAGUUUUUGCACAUUGCUGUAUGUGAUGGCACAAUAGCUUUACUCAUUGCAGUGAAUGAAGUUGAACAUAUGUAGCACAGUUAAAACCACUCACGUUUACAGGAUGUCAUCUGAGUUCAGGUGUGCAAAACCACCAAUGCAAAGAUAGUCACCCAGCUAUAAACAGGAUGUGGGUACAGGAUUUAAUAGUUUUUGGUCAUUUGAGUGCACGCAUAAGGCAGUUUCUCUAUGCAGACAUAUAGA